AUGCAUUCGUGCCUUCGUCAGUGCGCGACGGACCUGGAUGACGCUGUGCAGGGCCCCAGCGCGGCGAGAGUGGAGGAGUGCAUUCAGGCUGCCCAGCUGGCUCUGGGGCGCCUGGCAUGCCUGCGGGCGUACGAGGACCUGUAUUUCGUCGAGGCGGUGAGCAGACAGGUGGCGGCGAUAGCGUGCAAGAGGCCACCGGACGUCCUGAGUGACCCGCCCGUCUCCCUCGUCAGCGCCAUGGUCGGCUGCGUGUCGCGCGCAUGCGCCCUGGUGACAGACCUAGCGGAAGGGACCUACCAGGUCGACCACCCGCCCGGCGCGGAGGCGCUAGUCGGUCUCAGCCUCUUCUGGCACCUCACAGUCGUCCUGGAAUGCGGCCUCACGCGCGCGUGGGCGAACGACCUCGGCGCGGACGGGUUCCACAAGGUACAACAGGAGCUCCUCACCCUCCUCCGGACCUCCUGCCAGAAGGGCCUCGUCGUCCUGGCCAGCAGCAACGCGAUGCAACACACACGCAACGUCCGCGCCCGCAACGCCGCCCUCGAACGCCUCCUGGCAUCUCUCGCGGCGUGCCGCAAGGACCUCGCCGCGGUCCCGCACCCCUCGGACGUCAAGGUCGCGUCCUACGCGGCCCUCAAGACCCUCUGCGCGGCCGUUGCAGACAUCGUCGCUGCGUCCGGCGUCAGCGACGGCCCCGGAGCGCACGACCACGCCCCGCCCGCGCCGCCACACGGCGAGCCCAUGGCGCCAGGGCACGCCGCGGACCUGCCCGGGGGCGAGCGCGGGCUGGGCGCCAUCGUGUGCGACGUGUUUGCGUUCCUUGCCAACAGCACAAUUUCCGCCGCGGCGCCGCAGCAGGACCUCGCGCCGGAGCAGCAGGUCAAGGUCCUGAAAUUCUGGACGAGCCACCUGCUCCGCGUCGGCCGCGCCGCCCCGCACGCGGCCGCGCGGGGCCUCGAGCGCCUGACGCAGUUUGCCGUGUCGGUCAUGAGUCAGGAGCUCGCCGCCGCCGCGGGGGACCCCGGCGCGGCGCGGAACGCCACCGCCCUGACGCGCUUCGUCACCGGCGACCUCGUGCUCCGCGUCACGGGCCUCAUCGCCGCGACGGCGGACGCGGGCGACGCGCUGGCGACCGCACAGGUUGUCGCUGGGCUGCGGCGCCUGCGGCACGCCGCACGCGGCAGCGGCGCGUGCCACGGCGACCCGGCGUGCGCGCUGGCGAUCGCGAGCGUGUUCUCGCACGCGGGGCGGCUCUCGGACGGCGCGCGGGGGCGCUUCGUGGACGUAGUGCUGCCUCUGGCGUUCGACGCAGCGGCAGCGGCGGUGGCGUGCGGCGCGGAGCCGCGGGACGCGGCGCGGGCGCGGGCCGCGGAGGGUCUGAUGGUGCGGAACCUGCUCGGGGGGGCGGUCGGCUGCGCGGCGGGCGGGGGCGCGGCGUGGGCGCUGGUGCAGGAGCACGUGCUGGCGACGUGUUUGGGCGGGGUGCCGAGGGCGUCGGGGCUGGCGGCGCGCCUGCUCGCGGCGAUGGCCCGCGCGGGCGACGCGACGUUCGCGCGCAGCUGGGUCGUGGCGCUCUCCGGCGUGCUCGCGCGCGCGGCGGCGGCGGACGCAGCGGAUGGCGCGUCGCUUGGGCGCGUGCCGCUCGGGACGGCGCAGGUCGCGGCCGCGCUGGUGGCCGUGCUCGAUGGCUGGGAGCGUGGCGACGGAGCGGGCCGGCCAGAGGCGUGGCAGGAGGUCCUUGCGACCCUGUGGCGGCGCCCGCCUGCGCGGCUCGACAGCUCGUCCGCGGCCGGGACCGCGGCGGUGCUGCGCACCGCGCCCGUCGGCACCGUUCCGGCCGUGUUCCAGGCCGAGGUGCUGCGUGGGGCGACGGAGGAGGCGGGUCGGCUCGCGGGCUGGAUGCAGAAGGGCGCUGACGUAGCGGCAGGAGCGCGGGGCCGGCGCCCGCUGGAAUGCGCCGCGUGGGCGCUGGCGGCGGGCGCCGCGGCGGCACGGCACGCGAGCGGCCACGCGCCGCCUGGGGAGCUCGCGUCGCUCGACGCGUCCGCCGCCGCGGUGCUGCAGUGUGCGCGCAGGCGCCGCCCGGUGCCCGGCCGCGGCGGCGCGGCGGCCGCCGCGGCGGACGUCGCGAUGGCGCUGGGAGAUGUCCCGGGAUGCGGGAGGACGCUGGCGGCGAUGCGGGACCCGGCGGCCGCGGCGGGGCUCGUCGGGGAGGAGGAGUACGGUGUGGCGGUGACGGUGCACGGCGUGGGUGGCGGCGGCGGCGGCGCGGGGAGCUGCGUGGCCGGGAGGGCGUACAGGGUGGGCGGCGCGCGGCAGGCGGGGUGCGUGUGCGCGGGUCCGGAAGCGGUGGCGGCGGCGGCGGCGCGGGUGAGGGUGGCGACCUGCGGGCCUUUGGCGGGGGCCGUCGCGGCGGUGCUGGACGGGGUGGCGGAGGUGCGGAAGCAGGGGACGGCGCUGGCGAGCGACAAGGGCGCGGCGCUCGCGCUCCUCGCGGACGCGCUGGCCGCGGCGCGCAAUGAGGCAGGGGGUGUAUAA